AUGAACCAGAACCCCGGAGACCAUUGGCGCGGACCUGGAGGUCCUCCUCAGGGUGAGGCACAACCGCAGGGCAGACCCUUUGCCAGUUUCGGUCCUAAUGGGCCGGCGCAACCUCCUCCGCAUGUCUUACCACCGCCGCCCUCGUCUUAUCAUCAACACCACUCGCAGCCUUCUGGAAGUCACAGCCUGUCCAUCGCAGAUUUGACACAGGGCCCUCCAAAUCAUCAGCAACAUCAGUACAACACUCAGCCCCCGCCUCCCCAGCCUCAAGGCCACCCUAUUGGUGGGCCCAUGGGACACACCAUGCCACAGCACUCACCUCCGUACCUCGGCCGCGACAGAGAAAUCAGAGAGCUCCGGGAGCGAGAAAUGAGGGAGCAUGAAAUGAGGGAAAGAGAGAUGCGCGAGCGUAACAACCUCGAGAUGCAAAGACAAAGAGAUGAAAUGAUAAUGCGUGAGCGUGAGGCUCAAGAAAGGGAACAAUUAGAGCGCAUUCACCGAGAACAGCAGCAACAACAGCAGUCGCAGCCGCAGCAACAACGUCCAGUGCAGAGCCAUGCCGGUUCCAUCCCAAUACAUCAGCCCGUAGCCUCCAAAGUCCAGAACUCGAUCCAUGGCCCAAAUGGCCUUCUGGCGAAUGGCGGUCCAGGCGCUUCCGCUGGCGGCAGCCUCUUUAGCGGACCAGGACAACACGAUUCGCAGAGACCGUCUCAAUACAUGCAGCAACCAGUGCCGGCGGCGCCUCCACAACAGGGUCAAUCCUUUAUGCCUGGUCCGUCUCCGAUGCCCGCUCCAGCGCAACUAGCGCACGGCCAGCAGCCCAUCCUGAAUGACGCCUUAAGCUACCUCGACCAAGUCAAAGUACGCUUCAGCGAUCAUCCGGACGUGUAUAACAGGUUCUUGGACAUUAUGAAGGACUUCAAGAGCCAAGCGAUUGACACGCCUGGAGUGAUUGAGCGUGUCUCAAACCUCUUUAAUGGUCAUCCCGCCCUGAUUCAAGGAUUCAACACCUUCCUACCCCCUGGGUACCGUAUAGAAUGCGGGACCGAAGAGAAUCCGGACGCCAUCAGGGUCACCACCCCUAGUGGCACGAUGACCCAAUCCCUCCAGGGUAGGGGUCGCGCACAAUUCGAACCUGCCCCACAACCUGCAGUGGCUCGACAGGACACAUUCGAAAGCCGACAUGGAUGGGGACAGCCUCUCGGUGCUUCACCUGGUGCGAGAUCGGCAGAACUUCCCGGAUAUAAGCCGGGCCCUGGGGAAAGACCUAUGGAUGAAGUUUCGAAUGCAAUCACUCAGCAAGAACAACGCGGCGUCUCAACUCUGCAGAGUGCAGUCACUGCGGUGACAAACGGAGUGACAAGGCCAGCUCUUGCUGUAUCACCUGGGCCAGGUCAAGGCGGGACAUACACUCAGCAGACCGCUGGGUUCGGUACUAAUGCCGGCAUUGGUGAAUUGAAGCGCGGAGGACCAGUUGAAUUCAACCACGCUAUCAGCUACGUGAAUAAAAUAAAGAACCGUUUUGCGCAACAACCAGAGAUUUACAAGCAGUUCCUCGAAAUUUUGCAGACCUACCAAAGAGAGUCGAAACCGAUCCAGGACGUAUACGCUCAAGUCACCCAAUUGUUCAUAUCUGCCCCAGAUCUGCUUGAAGAUUUCAAACAGUUCCUGCCAGAGUCUGCCGCCCAAGGCAAGGCUCAAGCUGCUCGCCUCAUGAAUCAACAAGAAGAGACUAGCAAUGUUCGCGGCGAACCUGGAUAUGCAAGCACCGCCAUUCCCCAGGCUCAAACUCCAAGGCCUGCCUCCAAAAUGCCACCCAUGGGUCAAUUUGAUCCACCUAGCACAAGCAAAGACAACAAAAAGCGGCGUGGGGGCCCUGGAGCCACUCUUUCCAGCCAGCCAGCGGCACAGCCUGCUGUCGAGACCAGUGUCAAUCAAAGUUCACGAGCCGCUCCAGUCCAGGUUGGCAACGCUAGCAAACGCCCAAAACUCACAACUCAGCGUCAGCCCCAACCUGACAUGGUCGUCACCUCACCAACUCUUGUACCCCAGCUCCCUGAACCCCUUCCCCCAUUCCCCAACUCAUCGACCACUCAAGAAGAGCUCGCAUUUUUUGAUCGGGCGAAGAAACAGAUCGGCAAUCGCGCUAGUUAUGCCGAAUUUCUCAAACUCAUCAAUCUGUACUCUCAAGACCUUAUCGACAAGUACACUUUAGGGGACAGAGUCGGCGCUUUUAUUGGCGGCAACCUCGAUCUGAUGAAUUGGUUCAAAAACUUCCUCGGUAUUGAGGAUCAAGAGGAGGUGAUCGAAGCGCGUGUGCGGCCCGACCCUGGUCGAGUCAAUCUCUCUCAUUGCCGUGCUCUCGGACCAAGCUAUCGUCACCUGCCUAAGCGCGACCAGGACAAACCUUGUAAGGGCCGAGACGGGAUGUGUUAUGAAGUCCUCAAUGACGUCUGGGCUUCUCACCCAACUUGGGCUUCUGAGGAUUCGGGCUUUGUCGCACACCGCAAGAAUCAAUACGAGGAAGCUUUGCAUCGGAUUGAAGAAGAGCGCCAUGACUACGACUUCCACAUCGAGUCAUGCCAGCGGACUAUCCAACUCAUGGAGCCCAUUGUACAGCAGAUCGGAGUCAUGAGCGAGGCGGACAGAGCCGCUUUCGUCCUAGCACCGGGGUUGGGUGGCGCAAGCGAAGCCAUUCCCAAGCGCAUCGUCAUGAAGGUCUACGGCCGUGAAGCCGGCGCUACGGUCAUGAAAGAAAUGUUCGCACGCCCCACCUCCGUGCUGCCGAUUGUUCUUGCAAGACUCAAACAGAAGCUUGAAGAAUGGAAGCAGGUGCAACGGGAAUGGGAAAAAGUUUGGCGCGACCAGAUCCACAAACAAUUCUGGAGAAGCCUUGACCAUCAAGGAAUCAAUGCCAAAAAUCUCGACAAGAAGAACUUCCAACAAAAAGCCUUGACAAGCGAGAUACAAGCUAAAUACGAAGAAUCAAAGAAGGAUCGCGACAAUGGCAUUGUUGGAAAGAGGCAUCAACUCCAAUACAAUUUCAAUGACUUGGAGGUCAUCGCCGAUGCGACGCGUUUGAUACUGGUGUCGUUGGAUUCAGACCGACAACAAACCUUUAACGGCGGGGAGCAAGAACGCAUUAGGGGAUGGUUGCUUGAUUUCCUCAUUCGGUUCUACGGUCUUGAUGGCGACAAAUUCGUGGAGCAAAUUGAUUUUACAUCAAUACGACAGCAUCACGAGCAAGACGAUGCUGCUGAUGGCCAUGAUAGUGAUGCUCACCCACCCGCCAAGGGUAAGCACCCACGCAAGUCGGACUGGCUUAGGAGGUUGGCGCUUGAUAGAAGACACCGCAAGGAAGACAGUAUUGCUUCAGCAAGCAAAGAGUCGACGCCAGCGCCAGGUGCCAGCAGCGAGAUGGAGAUCGACGAAGACGCCCCAGUUUCCGAUGUUCCUGAUGAGCCUCAACAGCCGUGGAUAAAUGUCGCUAACAGCGAUACAUCCGCCCGCCACCUUGCCAUGGACGAGACAUAUCCUCACACAACGUUCAACCUCUAUGCCAACGCCAAUAUCUAUUGCUUCUUCAGAUUGUUUGAGAUGCUGUACAGCAGGUUGCUGGCGAUCAAGCUCAACGAAGCUAAUGUUCAAGAAGCCGUUGCGAGACAUAAGGGCACCAAAGGCAAGAUCAAGCCAGCCAUCGAACUCCGCAUGAUCGACAAAGGACCAGACUAUUUCUUCUACAGCAUUGAAGGAAAGCAGAAUUACUAUCAGCAGAUCUUGCAACUGUGCCAGGAGGUGUUGGUGGGCACUGUCGACCUCGCUCACCUUGAAGAGACACUGAGGCGGUACUACAACAAGAGUGGCUGGCAGCUCUACACGAUCGAUAGGCUUGUCUCGGCUAUUCUUCGAUUCAUUAUGAACAUCUUGGGCGGGGAUGCUAAGGACAAGAGUGUGGAGAUUACUAACCUCUUUCUCCGAGACCGAGAGCGCCCAGAUACGACCCGCAAGCAGGAAAUUCAGUAUCGGAAGCAGGUUGAACGAUUGUCCAAGGACGCUGAGGUGUAUCGCAUCAGCUACACUCCUGAAGAUCGGCUUUGCACCAUACGGCUAUUCCCAUCGGAAGACGCUACUUUCGACAGUGACUCGCUUUCAGACGAAGCCCGAUGGCAAUACUACAUCGCGUCUUACACCAUGACAGACGCAACUGAAGGUGUCGAUCAGUCACGGAUGCACAAUCCCUACCUGCGACGCAACAUUGCCCCCCAGAACGCGAACAUCGAAGCCGCAUAUCAAGAAGUGUACGGCAACCUUGACCACUUCGAUGAGCAGACCGCCUUCAUCAGUCCUGAUUCCUACAAGCUUUUGCUGCAAGGCGAUUUCGAAUUCUUUCGGCGCAGCGCGCUUGAGACACCGCUGAGAAAAGCAUAUGAACGGGGCAAAAUCGAGGAAAGCGAGAGAUUCAGGGAAAAGUUUGUGCGGAACACAGCGUGGAUGAGGGACCAGAGAGCCGAGGAUGUCGAGCGCAAGAAAGCUGCAUGGGAAAGAGGAGUCAAGGAGGGAUUCAGCGGCUAUGACAUUUGA